CGUAAGCAAUUUCCGUUGAAUUGCAAUAAAACAUUUUUGGCAAAUUGUAAAAAACCAACAGGAAAUGUUGGUGGAAACGCCAAAAUACACGAGGAACUUCUCGUCAUGCGGAGUAAGAACAAAGAUGUGGGAAAGCUGGCAUUUGUAGGCUACGAAUUGAAAGCAGGAUUAAUAGCUGGUAAUGACGCAAGAUUGGGAAAUGUUUCGUUGCUGUUGAAGCUGCCCGCACAGAUGAUCCAAGUCCGCAUUAUGUGCACCAAGGGAAAGGGCAGCAGUUGUGAUGAUGAUGAUGAUAUCGCUGGCCAUACUGAAGCGAAGCAUCCGGUUGACACAGACGACUGUUCUUAUCCAAUACAGUCGAUCCCCACAUUGUCGGUGCCCGAAAUUAUUGAGAAUAAAAAGCACAGGAUGCGCACAAUGAUUAGGGAGCGACAGGGGACUCAUCAAAUCGUAAAGGAACCCGAUAAGGUGGAAACCAUUAUUAAGUUAAAGGAACUCACGAAAUUUCCACUAAAGACCGAAUAUGAAAGCACCACAAAAUUUCCACUCAAUGAGCGGUUGGCCGAAACCGAAGAUAGCCAAGUAGCCGAAGUGCUAAGCAAAGCCAAGGAAGAAGUGGACAAAAUCAAAUGCUUGCCCGUUCUCCGCGCUCUGAAAGAGAAGCAAAAUGAACAGACAAUCAAAGAGGACGAGGGCAAAGAAAGCUCUGGCGAUGGAGAAAGGUUAACUGGGAAUAAGUCUGCACCAGGUGACUACAGAAUUGCUAAGCCAACGCCCCCCUCGGGACCUGCCAAACAUUUUUCCACAUCCGGAUGGUCAACUGCCAAGUCCGGAGACUCGGACAAAACCAAGUCUGGUUCUUGUGAUCCGGCCAAGCCUCCAGAUGAAAGCAAUGUUCCACCUCCCACAAAGCCGGCAGGGGCAGCACCACCACCGCCUCCUGCAAAUAAGACUCCAUCUUCUGGAGGAGCUGAAAAACCACCACCACCAUCUCCUCGAAAACCACCUGCAAGUAAACCUCUAUCCUCUGGAGGAACUGCAAAAUCUCCACUAAAGGCACAAACUGCAAAUAAGCCGCCAUCCUCAGCAGGAGCUGGAAAACCGCCAGGUCCACCACCUCCACCAAAGGGUCCUCCGCCGGGCACUCCGCCACCACAAACCAAGACCAAAUUUGGUCCGCUUGCGGAUGCGGAUAGAAUAUUCACGAAUCUCUACGGACGCCACGACUGGCGCCUAAAGGAGGCAAUGAAACGUGGCGACUGGUACAAGACCAAAGAGAUCAUCGAGAAGGGUUCACCCUGGAUCAUCAAUGAGAUUAAGACAUCGGGUCUGAGGGGACGCGGUGGUGCUGGUUUUCCGAGCGGUCUCAAAUGGUCGUUUAUGAAUAAGCCACCGGAUGGACGACCCAAGUUUGUUGUCGUCAAUGCUGACGAGGGUGAGCCGGGCACUUGCAAGGAUCGGGAAAUCCUCCGACACGAUCCACAUAAGCUGGUCGAGGGUUGUUUAAUAGCAGGAUGCGCAAUGGGCGCCAACACUGGCAUCAUCUAUGUGCGUGGCGAGUUCUUCAACGAGACCUGCAAUCUGCAGUACGCCAUUCUGGAGGCCUACAACGCUGGCUAUUUGGGCAAGAAUGCGUGCGGCUCCGGCUUCGAAUUCGAUUUGUAUGUGCAACGCGGCGCUGGCGCCUAUAUUUGUGGCGAGGAGACCUCCCUAAUCGAAUCCAUCGAGGGCAAGGCCGGCAAACCGCGCUCCAAGCCCCCAUUUCCCGCGGACGUUGGCGUCUUCGGUUGCCCCACAACGGUGACCAAUGUGGAGACUGUGGCUGUGGCACCCGCAAUAUGUCGGCGCGGCGGAAAAUGGUUUGCCAGUUUCGGGCGCACUGGAAAUUCGGGCACGAAGCUCUUCAACAUUUCGGGGCAUGUGAAGCGACCCUGCACCGUCGAGGAGGAGCUAUCGAUGCCCACCCGUGAGAUCAUCGAGCGACAUGCAGGCGGUGUUACUGGCGGCUGGGAUAAUCUGUUGGCCAUCAUACCCGGUGGCUCGUCAACUCCAUGCAUACCCAAGGCGGACGCGGAGAAGGCCAUCCACGACUAUACCGGACUGAUGGAGGUGCGCUCCUCCCUCGGCACUGGCGCCAUCAUUGUGAUGAGCAAGCAGACCGACAUUAUCCGUGCCAUUGCACGCCUCAGUGCGUUCUACAAGCACGAGAGCUGCGGCCAGUGCACCCCGUGCCGCGAGGGCCUCCACUGGGUGCAUCUGAUUAUGCAGCGCUUUGUCACCGGCCAGGCGCAGGUCGGGGAGAUUGACAUGUUGUGGGAGCUAACCAAGCAGAUCGAGGGGCAUACCAUUUGUGCCCUGGGCGACGGUGCCGCAUGGCCGCCACAGGGACUAAUGCGUCACUUUCGACCGCUGAUCGAGGAGCGUAUACGAGAGCGCGAGGCAUGCAACACCAAAGCGGCUGCUGCUGCCGGUCAAUCCUCAUAACUCACACAAUACUGUUUUAGUUUACUUUUCUUCUCUUUUUUCGCAUUAAAAAUGAUGCACAACUA